AUGGAAACAGAAGGACCACCUGGCGUGGAUGUUGAGCCGUCACCGCCUGCGCAGCCCAAACAUGACGCCACACAACCGGUAGCAGGCAGAUCAUGGAGAUUACUUGCAGAUCCGCUCGCGGACUCAGGAGACGAUGAUGACGAUGACGACGUUGAAGUGACGAUUGGUGUGAUACCGCCAGUGAAUGUCCAGUAUAGUCUGAAAGGCUCACUGGAUGUGAAUGGCGAUGUGAGUCAAACAGGCAAGCUGGAUAUUGAUGCUGUACCAAUGAUCAACGAUAAGCCCAUCUAUGAUAUCGAUCUUGCACAAAUGGAGGAUCGCCCUUGGCGAAAACCUGGAGCUGACAUUACUGAUUACUUCAACUAUGGAUUUACAGAAGGCAGAUUCAACACUCCCUUUCAGUGCCAAUCAUAUAUUGCUUCCGAUUGUUCUCUUUUAAGAAACAUGGAAUACUUACUACAGGAAUACGGUAAUCAGGGUGCAGCCAAUAAAGCACUAUUCUCCUCGAUUAAUUUGGCGAAUCCACUUGGAAUGCCGCCAACCGGAGGCCGCCAGUUGGUGCCGCUCACUGAAGGAACCGUUAAGGUUCUGACCGAUAACGGCGGAAAGUUCAAGCCACAUUUUCACAAACUUUCCACAGAUCCGACGGAGCCAAUUAUGAGGACCGUUAUCGCCGGACCGCAGCCAUCGAGUGCUCCAACUGGACCUCCAGGAGUGACACCAACUCCUGCUCCUGUUGUUGACUUCAGCAAGCCUCCACCUGGGCUUCCUCCAUCAGGACCGCCUCCUGCACAGACACCCUCUGUACCAACGAUUCAUAUCAUGGAUGGUCCUCCCGGAGUCGACAUUAUUGGACCUCCUGGUGUUGAUGGUCCACCAGGAGUUGAUCUGGAACCACAAACAAUACCAACUCUCGGUUCGGGAAGUGGUCUGGACUUGUCAAUGCCUCCUCCAGGGUAA